AGUGUUGUCGCACCGGAGCUGCUGUCAUGUGAUAGUUCGUCCGAGGAGCUGCUGUUGUGACAGUAGCUUCCCACCUUUAGAUGAAGCUCCAGUGAAACCGCGAAGGACAGAAGUUGUAUGUGCGCCGGAGACGAUCACCACGGCUCAUUUGUGACGGGGGUAGUUUAGUGUCGCCCCUCGGACGCUGCCAUGGGUUGUUGUUACAGCAGCGAGAACGAGACCACAGAGCAGGACUCUGAUGAAAGUAAGCCGCUGAUCACCCACCCAAACCCUGUCAGCAAACCCCCUAAUGGGACAGACUGGAUCACUACCAGUGUCCCCUCAGCAAGGACAGAUGAACAGGCCCUCCUUACAUCCAUCCUCACCAAGACCGCACAGAACAUCAUUGAUGUCUCGGCAGCUGACUCUGUCAUGAUGGAGCAGCAUGAAUACAUGGACAAAGCUCGGCAAUACAGUACAAAGCUGGCUGUAUUGAGCAACAGUCUGCCCCAGAAGAAAGCCCUCGCUCUCCCCUCCCUCACCAGCCAGCCCCACCAAGUGCUUGCGAGUGACCUGGUGCCAUACUCAGAUGUUCAGCAGGUGUCCAAGAUAGCAGCUUACGCUUACAGUGCAAUCUCUCAAAUCAAAGUGGAUGCUAAAGAAGAACUGGUGGUCCAGUUUGCCAUUCCCUGAUUCUGCGACUCUGGCCUGCAUAUUGUUCCUCCCAUCCCGCUCUCUCUGUGUCACUUCUGCAUCCUCACCCUCCAGCCCGCCCUUUAUUAAAGCAUAUUGGUCCUUGUGCUUCUUAGCUAUGCCUCUAACUGCUACAAAGACAGUGAUGAUGAUGUAGGAUUGCACCCUAUGGCUGUCAUUUAGUGCACUUAAUUAUGGGUCAGGCUCUGGAAGGUGGUUUACUGUGGAGGGGCCGUUGGUGUGUGAUGUUAUAUUUAUAACAAUAAGGCCUUCUUUUGUAUGUGUGGAUCACAGGCUUUGUCAGAACCAGCUGUGGAAAAAUCAUCGUUCAUCCUUCUUGACGAUCUCUCUUAUCUAACAGUUUUCAUGGCCGUCUCAUUAACUUUUUUUUUUUUAUUUCCCCUAGCCUGUAUACUCAGGCACGCAAGGCUAGGUCCACACGUCAGACUGUUCUCCAGAGGCAUAGAAGAAUGUACAGUGUAUUCACCUGGGACAGGGCUGUAGGAGUUAUGGCUCUAGACAUUGGCUAUUUGUGUUUAUACAUGAUACAAUCUCCAUUGGAACAAGGGAAAUGAGGAAUUUCUGACAGGAAAGAAUGGAAAUUAUCACAGUACCAUAAGUACAAGUGCAGUGAUUGAUUUUUUUUUUUUUUUAGCCAGG